UCCACAUCAUUUGGAAGGUUUCAACAAACUGAAUGUGGAAAGUUAAAACCAGUCAAGGAAAGGUGGAAGGUUUUAGCAAAUGAUUCUAGUCUACAUCCCAACAUAAUCAUACGAUCAGAGUAAGUUGUCAACCCUAACACCUUCCAUCACCCAAUUGUGUCUGCGUGUAAUUUUCAAAUGUGUUUGGAUUUGUUCAACCUUUAGUUGACGUCAGCAAAGUACCGGGGAAUUGUAAAGGGCAACAGUGUCAUUCGUCUUCCUCUUUCAGACAGAGAAAGAAGGUGACAAGACACAUUUCCUUUGAUAUCGGAUAUACUCGGAUGUAGGUCCAAAAUUAGCCUUUGAAGGACUCAGUGCAUUGAGAACGCUGAGCCAUGGCGGCUCUUGUCUAUCGGCUGUCGUGUCUCGCGCUAGUCUUGGCAGUGGCGGCAGCGUAUACCUUCAAGAAUUGCAUUGAGACGAGGGACGGAGCCAGGAACCUUGGCUUCAAAUGCAUCCAACGUAAGGAGACCAAUAUCUCCGCCAUCAUGGAUGACCUGCAGGGACAUGUCAUCAAUCUCAGCAUCUGGGGCAACUCCAUCCCGCACAUUCCCGACAAAGCCUUCACCCGCUUCACGGACCUUCAGCUGCUCCGGUUGGACAGCAACAAUGUGAGCACCAUUGACGCCUUGGCCUUCAGCGACCUGCACCAACUGAGGUCUCUCAACUUGUCCUUCAAUAACAUCUCUCAGUUGAGCCCCUCGCUCUUUGCGAGCUUGCACAAUCUCACUUUCCUCUUGCUGAGGGGCAAUCGACUCAAGCGGCUCCCGGUAGAAAUUUUCUUUGCCGUGCACAAGCUUGGCACUUUAAUACUGCAGGAGAAUCUCCUGACAAACUUCUCAGAGAUUGUCGAGUCGGUGUCCCACUUGGGGAAUCUGUCGAUUCUGAUGCUCUGCCACAAUAAGUUCACGUCUCUGGAGCACAACCGCAUUGCUUUCCCCAAGUCCCUCACCAAGUUGUACCUGUAUCAAAACAAAUUGUCCACGUUGGGAUGCCAGCGCUCCUUCCUCUCGGGGGUGGAGAUCUUGGAUUUGUCCUACAAUUCUAGACUGACCGCUGAGGAUUUUGCCGGUGUGGACCUGGAACGAACCAACUACCUCAAAUUGGACACCACCGCGGUUGACGUAAUCAAGCUUUUAAACAUCAGUAAUAUCCAGGCGGGCCACGUGGACUUCACUGGCACAGGUGUGAAGAACAGCUCUCUGCUGCUUGAGCUGUGCGAGGUGCUGAGACGAAAGAUGAAAUAUCUCAAUGACCUACGCUUGGGCAACAACAACAUACGGGAUCUUGCAAAUGACACGCUAUCCCGUUGCCCCACAAUCAGAAUGUCUCUGGAUCUAUCGCGAAAUCAAAUAACCUCCAGGAGCCUCCAGGAAAGUAACUCAACCUGCCUCCGUUUUCUCGGCGAGAAUCGAUCUUUAAAAACCAUCAUCAUGGAGAAUAACAAGCUAACCAGACUUUACUCGUGCAGGAAUGUGAGGCCUUUCCACAAGUUGGAGGAGCUGAAAUUACGCUACAACCGAAUUCUGAGUGUGUACUCCUACGCCUUCCAUCACACGCCAAACGUUGUCACCCUGAAUUUAAACAUCAACAACAUCGCCUAUCUGGCUCACAAAGCGCUCAAAGGGCUGGUCAGGCUCAGGACACUGCGUCUGGACAACAACCUCCUCACCGACCUCUUCUGCGACACCUUUGAGGACUUGACUUCACUGCAGACGCUCAACCUGCGCAACAAUCGUAUCUCUGUCAUUUUCAACAAGACCUUCUCCCGGCUUAACAAUCUGGCAACGCUGGACCUGGGAGGGAACAAGAUCAGCCAGAUUCGGCCCGCAGGACUUGAAGGACUUCGAAACUUGUCCAACUUAUACUUGGACGGAAACCACCUGAACCAGAUCGACAUGUGCCUCCAUCCCGUGUUUGAGGGCAUGCUUAAGGUCCUGGAUUUGGAGAACAACUUUAUUCACUUUUCCCGGCUCACCGUCAUAUCGCCAUUUGUGAAUCUCAGCAGACUCGAGGAUUUGAAGUUGGGCAACCAGCGUCUCUAUGGCCUCAAGCUGUUGCCACGCAAGUUUUUCCACGGCCUGGGUAACCUCACUUCUCUUUACCUCACCAACAAUCAAAUCUCGUACAUUGCCGUUGAUGCCUUUGAUGAGCUCAAGCGCCUGCGUUUCCUCACACUAAACAAGUGCUGCGACGUGAACAUUCCGCUACUGCCGGGCAUGUUCAAGAACCUUCGCAACUUGAGCAAGUUGACUUUAGAGAACGCGGGCAUCCAGAACUUCUCCCGGGAGGUGUUUGGCAAUCUCAGCCGGGUGCAGUCGUUGCAGCUCAACCACAACGGGAUGCAAAGCCUCGACGUGGGCAUGCUGAGCGACCUGCAUCGUCUGCGCUACCUGGACAUACGCAACCUUCCGCUCAGCUGCACCUGCCUUAAUUCACAGCUGCAGAACUGGACAGUGAUUAACCAAAGGGUCCAAGUGGUCUACGUCUACAACCUACCGUGCCAGGAGGGCCAGAAGAACUUCUACAACUUUGAGACAAACGUCUGCUACAUCGACCUGGGCGAGUUUCUCUUCUUCAGCACGGCGGUCGCCGCGGCUCUGUUGACAGUCAUCCCGCUGCUUUACGUUAAACUCUACUGGAAAAUGAAGUACGGCUACUACGUCUUUCGAUCCUGGUUUGGCGAGCAGUGGCGCAAAUUCAAGGAGGAGGAGGAGAAUUGCACGUACGACGCAUUUGUGUCAUACAAUUCCAACGACGAAGUGUGGGUCAUGGAGCAGCUGCUGCCCAAGCUGGAAGGCACCGGCUCGUCUCUGAAACUUUGCCUGCAUCACCGCGACUUUGAGCCCGGCCGGGACAUUGUGGACAACAUCGUGGCGGCUGUGUACAGUAGCCGCAAGACCAUCUGCGUGGUGAGUCGCAAUUUCAUCCAGAGCGAGUGGUGCUCCCUGGAGAUCCAGCUGGCCAGCUACCGGCUCUUUGACGAACACCGCGACGUGCUCCUGCUUGUCUUCCUGGAGCCCGUCUCAGAACGCCAAAUGUCCUCUUACCACCGCAUGCGGAAGGUCAUGCUCAAAAAGACGUAUCUGCAGUGGCCUUCCUCGGACUGCAUCAACCCCGAGCAGGCCCAGGAGCUCUUCUGGAAUCAGUUGCGUCGUGCAGUAAAGGCUGGGAGCAAACUGGAGAUGGAGGACGGUGACGAAACUCGGGCGGCUCCGGACGAUUUGGGAGAUUCUGACACUCAGACUCUCAUAGCGGAUGGAAACUAUUACACUUAUUAAAAUAACUGUGCGACUAAUUA